UGAGUUGAAUUGAAAUUUUAAUAGCCUAUUUCUGUACUAAGGAGUUUUGUGGAUUUUAAUAGACAGUGUACGAUUUUUUUAGUUUGAACUUUAAUGGAUUUAUAUCUGUAGAACUAUAUGGUUUCGAAAUUACCAUAGUUGAUAAGAAAAUAUAAAGUUUUCGAGAAGAAAGUAAAAUCAAUACAUUUUUUCAUAGCUAAAUGGUUUUAGCUUUCAACGUUCACCAAUACUUGCUCUACAUGCCUUAACAUCUUUUCGUGUCGGUUCCUGAGUUUGAACAAAAUUAGGAUAUUUUGUUAUAUAGUAAUAUUGAAGAUUACAAUUAGUUUAUUGGGUCAAUUGAAAACUCAUGAAAACAACAUUCUUCGCAAUAGAAGUUAUUAAGAGAGUCUAUACUGUCUUCAACAAAGAGAGUUUUGUUACCCUCCUUUGAAAACCUGACAAUACUAAUUGAAUACCACAAUACUUGUUUAUAUGAGUUGUUAGUGUUUUAUUUGGGGCUUGUUGAUGUUUUCAUUUUAUGGUGUAUGUUUGAUGGCUGAGAAACUGCUUGAGUAAAAAAGAAAACAAAACUGUUCUUCUGAAUUGAAUUGUUGUAUUAUAAUAAUACAACAAUACACUAAUUCUUGCAUCUGAUUUGGGGUUUGUGGUACAUUAGUGCUUUUUUUUUUUGUUUCUGGCAUCCAUUUAGGGUGUGUAUGGAAAGCCAUUACACUGCCAUUGACGGACCUUUUACGCAUUUCACUGCAAAAGUGUAGGAGGGAAGGGCUGGAAUGUUCAACUUGAUUGAUAUGCGGAAAAAAUUUACUACGCUGAGAGAAAAAAACGGGAUGACUACUUUGGGUAGAGGUAUUUUCAGUAUAUAAUUUUUUUGGAGCUUGUUAGGAGUUAAAUUUCUGAAUUAAGAUAGUGGUACUGUGAUAGGCGAAAUUGCUUCUUCAUUUUUAGUUGCUAUUCAGUUGUUGUAACAAACGGGCGUUGCUUGGUGUGUGGAUGAAACAUUCUACCCUUUGGUUGGAUUGUAAUCUGAGGCAGUUGAUAUCUCAGCUACAAAUCUUUUCACGAAAGUUUGAAGUGUGAUGCUGCCUUGUAUUUUAAAAUUUGAUAGACAUGAAGAGCGAGUUAUCAUUAUUAGUUCUAAGGAUAAUGAUGAAAAGGUUACUGAUGCAGAGAAAGCUCUUGAGCAAAUAGCACAUUUAAUUUUAAAGGAAGAUGAUAGCAGUCUUGAUUUGUCAAAAGUUGCAGCAGGACAUGUGGCUGCCAAUACAAUUAGACUUUUGAUUGCUGGGUCCCAGGCAGGUGGAUUAAUUGGGAUGUCUGGUCAAAACAUUGAGAAAUUGAGGGACUCUUCCGGUGCCUCGAUUACUGUUCUUGCACCAAAUCAGUUACCUUUAUGUGCUUCUGCCCACGAAUCUGACAGAGUAGUGCAGUUAUCAGGAGAUCUUCCUUCGGUAAUGAAGGCUUUGGACGAGAUAGGUUGUCAACUAAGGGAAAACCCACCAAGACAAGUGAUUUCAAUUAGUCCAACAUACAAUUAUGCUGCAAUUCGACCAUCCCAACCAUAUCUUGACCCAACUUCAGUUGAUUAUGUUACAUUCGAGAUGCUGAUUUCGGAAACGAUGGUUGGUGGGUUGAUUGGCCGAUGUGGCUCAAACAUAUCGAGGAUCAGAAAUGAAUCUGGAGCAAUGAUCAAGGUUUAUGGCGGUAAGGGUGAACAAAAGCAUAGACAAAUUCAAUUUGGUGGUAGUGCUCAACAGGUAGCUUUGGCAAAACAGAGAGUUGAUGAAUAUAUUUACUCUCAGUUGAUACAACAGACUGGCACCCAACAGUCAGCGGAAUAAUUUUUAUCAGAAAGGACCAAAAUUUAAAAGAUUUGUGGUCUAUUCAGCUUCCAGAGAUGACACCAAGAAAGCCAAAAUGUGUAGUUCCUGCUGUGAAUCCAGCCAGCUACCUGGGGGGUUUAUUUGUGUUAGUAAGAUGUGUUUGAUGGAUAUAAUUUGUUUUAGUGGAUUGUUCAGUUGCUGCUGAUGUUCAAACUUUUCUCAGCUUGUACUGUAUCAAUUGUUGUUAGUUGAAGGUAUAUAUAAUUUUUUUUAUACAUAAAUAUGAAUGUGUAAAAUGUAACAUUUGUUUCUGUUGA